AAGGAACUUUAUAAUGAAUUAAACCUUAGUACUAAAGAACUGAUUGGGCAUAAAUCGAGCAGUCCCUUUUCAGGAAAGGAAGAUGGGAUUAUUGUAAAUGCAAUGCCUAACGAGCUUGAAACAACCAAAUACUCUCUCUAGGAAUUCUGCCAAAUAUAAAUUGUUGUGUUUGUAUUCUAUCAUAUUGACAGCAGGGAGACGUUGCUUCAAAUGUGGUUCUCCUGAUCAUAUGGCCAAGGAUUGCAAUGGAGAUCCUGCCAAUAAGCAUCAUCCUUUAAAAAACAUACUAAAGGACGAUGAUAUGCAGUAUGGUGGAGAUAAUAAUUCAAGAUAUGAAAUGGUAUUUGAUGGAGACACUCCAGAAAGUCCAAGGCCAGAAAAAAGAGGAACAUGUAGAGAUACAGAGAUAGUGGACAUGGAGAGGACAAACGAUGUCCUGAAAGUAAAGGAAGUCAAUAUUAUGAGGAGCGACUUCAUAGAGAAAAGCUUAUGGACAGAAGAGAACGAAGAAAUAGAAGAAGAGACUACGGAGAUUACAGAGAGAGAAAUUCAGAUAGUCAAAGAGGGUUGUGAUGACCAUAAAGACGAUCAAGAUUACAGAAAGAGAAGUUCUAAUAGUCAUAGAGAUCAUGAUAGCCAUAAAGGCAAGAGAGAUGAGCGAGACCAUAGACAUAGAAGUGCAUAAAGUGACAAUGAUCAUGAGUUUCAUCGAGAUAGGAGUAAUCGAGAUGACAAAAGUAAUAGAGCUCUAAGAUGAUGCUCGGUACUCUUUUGACUUUGGUUUGGUAGUUCUUGAUUCUAAAUAUUGUAGAACUUAGUUACAUUGUACAAUCCUCAACAGUAAUUUAACUUGCUUAUAUCGAUUACAUUGAGCCUCCUUUUCUGCCUGAAACUCAAGCCUCAAUGGAUGUCGUGCAUUUAGUAACAACUCAACGUCAUCCCCCAUUCUACAGGGCAACCACACUCCCUUCAAUUGCACAGCCUUUUCACUGACACUGGAUCAUGUAGUAACUGCCAAAAUAAAUCCACCGAACCCUCGUGGUUUUUCUUUCAAUCCAGGAAAAAAAUGUGGAUUUUUUUCCAAAAA